AAUCAGCCGCCUGAAACUAGGUACGCAUUUUCGAUAGCAUUCCUAAUGACGAGAUAGUUAAUUAAAAAACGGACGGAAAGCCGCGAAAUAACGAGGCGCGACGGCGCCGGCGGAAGUGACAGUUGGAGGAACGACGGUUGCGGCCUCGACGUAACCGGCAAACGAGAGGAAGAAAUUCCCCUAAUGGCGGGUUGAUAAUGUGUCUGGACGUCGGCGGGAGGAAGAAGAUUCGAACGAGGUAUCGCAAGGGAGGUGCGCCGAAAUAUAACGCUACAUGGUAAACCGCACGUGACGUUUAUCCCCACGCGGGGUGGAGAGGACAGUGGGAGGCGUAAUUGCGAAAUCGCCGGGAUGCCGCGCGAACGUUUGUCGGCUGCCGUGGACGCUCGUUACAGUUUUGGGAAUUCCUUUUAACCGCGCCAAGGUUGUCGUUGUUUCCGACUGGAUGGAGGUGACUCGGUUGAGGUCCACGAGCGUGGAGAGGCGCGAUAUGACGUGCUAGGACGCUCAAGUUUGGUGAGCGAGUCACGGAGGCGCACGUGAUGGCUCCGGAGGUUUCUUUUAAUUAGAGAACUAUUGACGACUUUUUUUGCACGGUGUAAUUCAAUUACCGGCCGGAUUGUGUUCGAGACGCGCGCAGCCUCGCUUCGAAGAUUUUCACUUUUUACGGACUUUGGAGUGUUUCGAGGAACCUGGACGACUUCAUCGUGGACGAUUGCAGACUGCAACGAUGUUCCUGACGUAGCCUCGGGAUGGCCUCCACCAUGGGCUUACAGCAGCAGGCUGUCUCUCAGGACACCGUGGAUUAUUCCGGAUAUCUGCAAUCCCAUAACCACCUGAUCCACGGGAAACAGAACGACAGGCAGCAGCUACAGGGUGGACAAAAAACCCCAAACAGGGACCACAAUACCAGCUUCACCAGCACCAAGGGCCUUCUUAACGGUCCGGGACAGAACAAUUGCUUCCUGAACAGCGCCGUACAAGUAUUAUGGCAUCUGGACAUCUUUCGGAGGAGCUUUCGGGAGCUUUCCGGACACGCUUGCAUGAGGGAGUCCUGCAUCUUCUGCGCACUCAAGGAUCUCUUCUCGCAACUGCAGUUCUCCCAGGAGAGUGCACUGCCUCCAGAUGCCCUGCGACGUGCACUUGCCGAGAGUUUCCUGGAUCAGCAGAGAUUCCAGCUGGGCUUCAUGGACGACGCGGCGGAAUGUUUCGAAAACAUUUUGUUGCGCAUCCACCUGCACAUCGCGAGCGGCGAGGCCGAGGACAUGUGCAGCGCCCGGCAUUGUGUGCCCCAUCAGAAGUUCGCCAUGACGCUCGUGGAGCAGAGCGUUUGCGGUGCCUGCGGUGCGACUUCCGAGCCGCUGCCGUUCACACAGAUGGUCCACUACGUGUCGGCUUCGGCCCUGACUGCUCAGGCUCGUCAGACUCCGCCAGCAUCCCGGACCAGUCCGGAUCUGUUCGGACAGCUGCUGAGAAGAGCCGGGGGCAUGGGCGACAUUCGCGACUGUCCUAGCUCUUGCGGCGCGAAGAUUCAGAUUUGCCGAACCUUGAUGAACCGUCCGGAGAUUGUCUCCGUUGGCGUCGUAUGGGACAGCGAAAGACCGUCUUUGGAGCACAUCAUGGAUGUCUUUGCGACAGUGGGAACAUCUUUACGUCUGAGCGAUGUCUUUCACAGCGUCGUAGAUUCCCGUUGGGGUGCCACUACCGUCCACAAUCUCGUCGGUGUGGUCACCUACUACGGGAAGCAUUACUCCACCUUCUUCUUCCACACGAAGCUGAAGGUUUGGAUCUACUUCGAUGACGCGACCGUGAAGGAGAUAGGGCCACGAUGGGAGCAAGUCGUGGAGAAAUGCAGAAGAGGUCGAUACCAGCCACUUUUGUUGCUCUACGCGACUCCUGGGGGGACACCCGUGAAUACGGAAAACGCCCCAAAAGUGGUGACCCCUUUUCCGAACGGAAACGGCCUGAAGACUCCCCCGAAGAACACCGCGAGGAGGUCCAUCACACCAAGUCCUGAAAAACCCCCGAUCAACAAUACCGCAAGACGUGCCAUAACUCCCAACCCCGACAGCCCCCCUCACAUUUACACCCAGAGGAGGAUUUACAGCGAAUAUCAGAAUUUAACAGACAUCCAGAAUAACAUAUUUGGCAACCAGGGUGUGGACGUGGUGGACGGAGACGCGGAAUCAAAGUACAUAAGUAGACGAGCGGUCGAGACCGUGAUGCAGCAACAAAAGAAGCAGCAGAUGCAGCUGACGCGGAGUUUGAGCGCGGGUUCAACUCCGCAAGAUGGAAUUAGCAUUCCAGACCAUAUGAACGUGCCCAGACGACGAGAUUCCGGAAACUGGUCGGGCGAUCGUAACAGCGCAUCCUCCAGCUCGUCAACCACCAUGGAGAACCCCUAUUUAUACAUCGUAAACAAGAUGCAGAGGAACUCGGGGGUGCCCAAGAGCCCCACCAGCAAAUCCGGGGAGCUCUCCAGCAGCAGCAGCGGCCACUAUGAUGCUGGUUACGACUCUUACUCUUUGUCUUCCACCGAUAGUCUCCCGCUUCAGCAAGGAUUGAAGCAUAACCUGCAGCUUGCACAAAUUCCGGAGGGCUAUCAACCAUCUUCCGGGGACGACUGCGAGCGCCUCUGCAAAGAGACCGACGCUCUCCUGGACAAAUCUAGGGCUGCCGAGGAUGCCGGAGAUCUUGGUACUGCCGUUGCCCUGUGCAGUGCUGCCAGUGGGAAGGCCAGGGCUGCCAUGGAUGCUCCGUACAAUAAUCCCCAAACGAUAACCAUCGCGAGGAUGAAGCACAACACCUGCGUGAUGAGGACCAGGAGUUUGUACAGAAGGAUCCUCCAGGAGCAGGCGAUAGCUAAUGGCGAGAAAGAAGGUUCGUUGGCCUCUUGGAUAGGGGGAAAAUGGUGUUCGGUUAUGGGUCGGGUUGCUAACAGUGAUUGCGUUUCAGAAGGAGCACCGGAAGGCAGACACAGCAGGGAAAGCAGCAAAUCCGGACAACACUCCCGGCAAAGCUCCAGGGAUAAGGGGAACCACUCUCGGCAGAACAGUCGCGAACUUCUGGUGAACACGCCUGCUGUGGUGGACAAACCGGCGACAAAAAGCAUCGAGAUUUACGCGACGUUGCCCAAAAAGAAGACUCUCAGAAGUAAAGCAACCGCGGUGAACGUCAUCGAGGACGAGGAAUACAUGCUAUACGAUCGGCCGACGCAAAGAACCGGCCUAUUUGGCCGCGCAAAACGCUGCGAAGACGAAAAAAAAGACAAGAAGAGGGCCCGAAGCGAAGAGAGGAACAAGAACGUAUCGAAGGAUUUCUCCGUGGCACCGUCCACCAAGAGCUCGCCUGCCUCCAAGACCAGCAAAGUGGAGAAGACCAAAGAUGCGGAAGGCAGUGCAGUCAAGUCGACGCAGAGCAAUGGGAACGUGUCUGACCCGAAGCAGGGCAAGAAACAGCACAAGAUCAGGCGAAAGUUGCUAAUGGGUGGCCUGAUCAAAAGGAAGAACCGGAGCAUGCCCGACCUCCGCGAAGGACAGGAUGGCCAAAAUGUGGCGAAUUCGGAGGUGUCGUCGAACUGUUUGCCAAAGCAGUCCGUGGACGACUCGAGUGUUGGUCUGAAAGGCAACGAAGUUGGGCAAACUCUGAGUGGAUACUUGUCGGAGGGGCACUUGGAAUUCGCAGGAAAUGGAAAUUCCACUGGAAAUACGGGGAACCCGAAUCUGGAGAGAAGUCGAUUGAUGAGGAAGAGCUUCCAUGGUAGUGCCGGUAAGGUGUUGCACGUGGCCAAGGUGCCACCGCCUCCACCGCUGCGAACCACUUCACAGCUUAGCAAAGCUAAGUGUCCCGGAGAAGUGCGUAUCGAACAGGCAGAGAAACCUCUCUACCCCAUGACGGACGGAGGUGCCAGGAAUUCCGAUCAGGAGCAGAAAACGACCUAUUGGAACCACGCGAAUCAGGGCAAUCUCUCAAACGUGAACGUGCAAUCCAGUAGGAACUCCAACUACGCGGACUACUCCUCGGAACUUCAUUCCCUCCCCUUCCUUCCGUCCUACCAGACGACGGAGCAAACUUCCUCAGCGACGACGCAGUCCAGCUAUUCCAACAAACCCAGAAUACAAGACGACGUAGUCCAAUACGCCAAUGGGAUCCUGUACGAGCCUACUUUCGUGGUUACCCGAGCCGACGUCCACAGUGAACAGAGCCCGGUGAAGCAACAACCACCUCUCGAUCCUCUACCUCCAUACCCUGAGAACGUUUCCCACUCGAGACAACCCAGCGAGGAGUUUCCGCCACCUCCUUACCCAUCCAUUCAUCCAGUGUCUCACUCCAGACAAGCCAGCGAGGACUUUCCACCUCCGCCACCUCCCAUUGACGACUCGGCAAAUUCCCAACCACCUCAGGACGACACGCAGCAAUACCAGCUAAACGGCCGGACUCAGCAGCAAUUGGAAGCUCAGCAGAUCAGUUGCUUGCUGGCGCAGUUGCAGCUGAAGAGAGAACAGAUCCUCGCGGCGGAGUCCGCCGAAGAGAAGAGAUUACAAGAUGAGGACGAUGAUAAGACCUCUAACGAAACGUGGCUCCGGGAACUCCAGGCAAAACAGGCCGAGAGAAGGAUGAAAAAGCAAGGAUCUUUAGACUUGAAUCAGGAUAUACCUAAAGUUAGGCAAUCGAUGAUAACCUCCACGGCGAGCACAACUAUUACCAGGAGGACCAGUGACCUGAUGAUGAAUACUCUUAACCCGCCACAGGAUGAAGGACGAGAUGUUCCGGAUUGCGCAAAAGUUGUGACUUCCUCGUCAUCCGUUAAGGACAUGGCUGCCAGAUUCGAGCAGAUCAAAUUGCAGCCCGCUGCCAAAACCGAGGCGGAAGUGAAGAUUCAGACAAAGCCGCCCAGCAGUUCUCCAUCCCCGGCUAUGGAUAUCUCUCAAGACAUCCAACAGACCGAAGAUAUUAAACCUGUUAAAUUCUCUUCAGAAAACGUACCUGCUUACGUCAAGACGGAUAUUCAACCUGUAGCCGCGAGUCCCAGCUUCGACGCCACUUCUGGCCAACAUAACUUUGUUCCUACAAUGACGUCGGCUGCUGGAAACAAUGCCAACGGCAAUCAUGUUCAAGGAAGUGGACUGAACGCCGCGAUUUUAUCGAUGUCUCUGACAUUACCGCAUGAGAACGGUCUGCCGGUUGAUUAUCCGGAAGAUGACAUCAGCGAGGUCGCCAUGCAGAACACUAUACAAAACACUACGAUUUUACCAAACGAAGAUGACAUCGCCCCUAGAAAGGUGAAACGAAGAAUCGGGAAGAAGAAGAGCGUUUCUUUCUGCGAUCAGGUGGUGCUCGUCGCGACGGCAGAAGACGACGAAAAGGACUCGUAUAUACCAAACCCCAUCUUGGAAAGAGUGCUGCGCUCAGCCAUGAACAAGCCGGAAACUGCCCAAGUGUUGCGAGAGAUCAGAAGCCUUCAAGAGGCUGAAAUGAACCGCGACAAUCCAACGCCGAAGUUUCAGCAACAUACGCUGCCGCUGAAGAGCGAAGCUGAUAGCAUUCCGGCAACGCCUUUUCAGGAUCAGCUGAGGAGCGUCAAUCCAGUUUCCAUCUCUGACACUGUUCGACCCACUUUUGGAAGGCAGAACUCGAACGAAUCCGUCGGUUUAAUUCAGGAUGCGAAGAAACACUUCGGAGUCUUUUCCGAGGGUCAGGAUGUCACCAGGGAGACGUAUUCGGCAACGCCGACGAAUUCUGCUAAACCGCCGACGUCCUAUUCGCCGCAACUGCAGCAACAACUGCAACAGCAGAUCCGUUACCCUCCUCAGAAUGGUUAUGCGCCAUAUCUGCAAGCGCAAAUUGGGUAUCCGCAAACGCAGACGUCACAUCCGCGGAAUCAGGUCGUGCCCGCCUCCCAAUCGCAAAAACCAGCCAGUCCGUAUCCCACGCAGAUGCACAUUCAGUACCCACAAACCGGUGGAAUCCAACAACAGAAGCUGAAUUGUCCGAAGAAUACCUAUCAGAGUAACUAUCAGACAAUGGAGCAGCAGCACAACCAGAUGAACAAACAACUUACCGCCCAACAACAACAGUGCGCCGUGAAUCAGAGGAUACCGAGCCACAAUGCAAGCCCUAUCACCGUUCAACAUGGACAACAGUUUACGUGCCCGCCAAACCAGUCGCCAAAUCCAUAUCAGCAGUACUCCUCUUCUCCUCAGGGUCAAUAUUCUCAUAGUUCCUAUCAAAGUUUCCCCUAUCAACCCGUUCCCCAGAUCAACAGGUCAAGCCAACAGCCCUUACCUCAAUACCAACCUCCACCUAACCCGACGGCUGUUUCAUAUCAGCAACAGCAGCAUCAGCAGCAUCAGCAUCAACAGAUCCAACACCAGCAGCAGCAGCACCACUCUCAACAACAGUCUAUCCAAAACUAUCAACAGCGACUCGAUAACUAUCAACGACUGCCACCUUCUCAGAAGGUGGAUCAGCAGAACGUCUUGGCGCCCAACCAGACUUAUCCAAAUCCUCUCCAAAACGGACAAAUCCAGUCCAACAUGAAGUACCCCACGUACCAACACCCACCGGUACCCAAACAGACCAAACAGGUGCACUUCCAACCAGGGGCCAAGAACUGCGCACCUACACCCCAGUCGACGUCUUCCAUCCAGAAAUCCUCAUCCAUGGCGACUUCGGCGUCCUCGAGGACUGCUCCUUGUCACCUGUGCAGAAAGAAACAGAUCACCGAACCGGCGAUCUACUGCACCGACUGUGACUACUACAUGUCGCGCUUCCGACCUAAAAAUUAGGACACCUUCCACCUAUGCGAAUUAGGACUCUUCUAGAGAUUUAUACGAGCUUGGACUCCAUGUUACGCGGAUUCAACAUAUAUUCCCGUCUCUAGCCAACCUCUCUGCAAGCUCUCCUACCGACAUGUUAAAUUCCAUACAAUUAUAUUAUGCCAUUGGAAUCCCGAGGUUUUCCAAGUUUGCCUCGGACAUUUCUUUACUCUUGACUGAAUCGGAUUUAAUAUUUGAAGUAACGCUCGAUUGCAGCUUUCUCGUUUUUACAAUUUCACUAGCUUAGGCGGCUCGGGGAAUUCAAGCUGCACUCGAUUAUUCGAAAAUGAGUUGCGAGUCCGAUAUAUCCUGGCUAUGAUCCCAUCGGCGAGGAAUUAGGCUUCUGGGAGCAGGAACAUGAUUUCACGCGUCUCGAGUAAAACGACUAACGCAGGUGCAGAGGAUGGAGUCCGACGCGUAGCGCGUUUCGUUAUAAUUAAUUGCGUGCUUUGUACAGAUGUUAAACAUACUUUUAAGACCAAGUCGUGUAUGAAAGACCUUCGUCGCGCAGCUACUGAUGUAUUACCGUCGACAUGAGCAUUUUACAGUAUUCGACGCGUAGGUUAGACGUACUUUUUAUUCCGCGGUCGUGGCGAAUCAUGGAGGUCAUUGCGACGCGUCGUUCCCUCGUAAUGAUCCAUCAUCCUUGAUUGGUCGCAUUCUAUAAUCACGUGGACGUGUAAAUAGAGCUUUUGAUUUAGGAUUCCGUUACGUUGCCUUACAAAGACGUAGAUCGCUCCGUUAGUGCUUAUCGCGUAUCAAUUAGAGCGUUAGUAGAUUAAGUUGACAGGGUGAAUACUUAAGUUAUGCAUGUCGAUCGCCCGACCAUGCAUCGUUUCGUUUCGAUAGAACAAUGUCGCGGAGGAAAAUAGAGGGGCAGAUGUGGUUGCCGGAAUUGUGAUACUAGCGAUGCUACGUAGGAUCCUGUGUUAAGUUAGAGAGUACCUUUGUCGCAGGUUAUUUCGGAAAGGUCCUUGCCGAAAUUCGGACGACGAUUGGAGGCGAUGGAAGCAACCUGAUCUCGGAGGCAAGCGCGGAGUUUAUUUUACGUUAUCGUUAGAUGUUUAAAGUUACACAGCCUAUGUAUCGCGUUACUUGCGAGCCUAUCCGUGUGCUAAAUCGAUGUACAAACUUUCCUUUUAUAUUUUUUUGCAUGAGUAUUUUGUUUUAAAAAUACUUUCGACGUUAAUAAAUGAACGAAACCU